GCUCAACAUGAGAGCGACCUUCUUCAAAAUCUCCCACGAGUCUCUCGACCAGUGUCCUCAUGCCGCCUUUAAGUCUUUGGUCUACGUCUUAGCGUUUUUCCAUGCUGUAGUCCAGGAGAGGAGGAAGUUUGGGAAGAUCGGUUGGAACGUGCCCUACGAUUUCAACGAAUCGGAUUUCCAGGUCUGCAUGGAGAUCCUCAACACAUACUUGACCAAAGCUUUCCAGCAAAACGAUGACAAAAUCCCCUGGGGAAGCCUGAAGUAUCUCAUCGGAGAGGUGAUGUACGGCGGGCGAGCCAUUGACAGCUUCGACCGGCGCAUCCUUACUAUUUACAUGGACGAAUACCUGGGAGAUUUUAUCUUUGAUACGUUCCAGCCCUUCCAUUUUUUCUACAAUGACGAAGUUGAUUACCGAAUCCCCGAAGGGACGUCGAAGGACGAUUAUGUGGAAGAGAUUGAGUCCCUACCCCUAGCCAACACGCCGGAGGUGUUUGGCUUGCACCCGAACGCUGAAAUUGGGUACUAUACCCAGGCAGCCCGCGACAUGUGGUCCCAUCUGUUAGAGCUACAGCCCCAAACAGGGGAAUCCGGUGCUGGGAUCAGCCGGGACGAGUACAUUGGUCAGGUUGCCAAGGACAUUGAGAAUAAGCUGCCCAAGGUUUUCGAUCUGGAUCAUAUCAGGAAGGUUUUGGGCAUCGACAUCUCACCGACGACGGUGGUGCUGCUGCAGGAACUGGAGAGGUUCAACAAACUCAUCGUCCGGAUGACCAAGUCUUUGGCCGAGCUGCAGAGAGCCUUGGCUGGGGAGGUUGGCAUGAGCAACGAACUGGAUGAAGUAGCCCGGGCUCUCUUCAACGGUCAGAUUCCAAACAUCUGGAGGAAGUUGGCUCCUGAUACGCUGAAGACCUUGGGCAACUGGAUGAUUUAUUUUAAGAAUAGGUUUCUCCAAUACACCUCGUGGGUAAGUAGACACGACACCUUUGCAGCACUCUUGUUAAGUGGGGGAGAGGCCUGUGCUUUGGGGUAA